CUGUCAUCAUCGUCCUCACAAUGCGAAAAGGGAAGUUGAAAGAAGUGGGAGACAGCCGAGCCUUAUGAGCCCCUAACAUAACAGCAGCUGGCAGGAUCCUCGACACCCCGAGCUACAAACACCGAGCCGGAGACCCCGUUCCCGUAGAGCAGGCUUCUCUUUCCUGUAGUUUUUUUUUUCCCCACCGCAUCAGCAUUCGGGGGAAGAGACCAGACAGAGUGACAUGGCAAGUAGAGGCGGAGCCACGAGACCCAACGGCCCUAAUGCGGGCAACAAGAUUUGCCAAUUCAAACUUGUGCUUUUAGGAGAGUCAGCGGUGGGAAAGUCAAGUCUUGUACUUCGUUUUGUCAAGGGUCAGUUUCACGAAUUCCAAGAAAGCACAAUUGGAGCUGCCUUCCUGACUCAGACGGUAUGCCUGGACGACACAACGGUCAAAUUUGAAAUCUGGGACACAGCUGGUCAGGAGCGCUACCACAGCCUGGCUCCCAUGUACUACAGAGGUGCCCAGGCCGCCAUUGUGGUCUAUGACAUAACAAAUGAGGAGUCAUUUGUACGAGCAAAGAACUGGGUUAAAGAGCUUCAGAGACAAGCCAGCCCGAAUAUUGUAAUAGCCCUGGCCGGGAACAAGGCUGACCUCGCAAACAAGAGAGCUCUGGACUUCCAGGACGCACAGUCAUACGCAGACGACAACAGCUUGCUUUUCAUGGAAACGUCAGCAAAGACCUCUAUGAACGUCAAUGAGAUUUUCAUGGCCAUAGCGAAGAAACUUCCCAAGAACGAGCCCCAAGCCACCGGAGCCAGCAGCGGACGGAACCGGGGGGUGGACCUGACAGAGACGGCUCAGCCCAGCAGCCGUAGCUGCUGCAGUAACUAACCAGCUCUUCCUCCUCGUCCUCCACACACACACACACACACGCACAUACACACACAGUCAUACACGACCUUGCAGCUCCUGUAUCUUAUCUGAACAACAUCUGGACAUCGGGCUCGUUGGUUUCCUGACGUCAGACCUGAUCCUCACCCUCCCUCACUCCCUUGGAAUAGCUAAAAGACUCUGUAUAGCUGCAUUUCUAAUACCUUUUUUUUUUUGUUUUUGUUUGUUUAUGUUUUUUUUUAAACUUUUUUUAAAAAGUGUAUAUCAGUUAAUGGAUGCAUGUAUCACUACAACACCUAAAAAGAAAAAAAAUGAUGAAAAAAAACCAGAUCAAACACAUUUUUAUCUCUUAUUCAGUUGAAAGACUAACCCUGUUAAAGAAAGACGAGCGAGCGAGCGAGUGAGAAACCUGUGAAGUGUGAUUGUGUUGCGCGAGGGUGUGAUGUCACAAGUCACUUGGCCGGGUGGACUGGAUGUAAGGGUCUGUGGGUGGGUUGAAUCUUGUAUUUUUUGUUUUUUCUUUCUGCUCACAAUAAGAGGAAGUCCAAAUGGUUCCCAUGUUGAUGCUUUGCUUCUCAGACUGUUUGUUGUGGGCCACGUUUGCGUUGAGACGGUGCCAGGAGCGGAUUACCGUGCAAACCAAGAACUCCUCCCGCCUCACAUACACACAAGAAGACAAGCUCAUCCAAGCCUCCCCGUGGAAAACUAGGAAAAUAAGCUCUGUGUUUUCAGUUUUUCAGUAAAGUUUAGAGAAUAGAAAGGAAACCAAACAUGCCGACACAAGGCUGCUAUGACAGGACUCAGAUGAUUUGGCUGUUAAAAGUAUGCUUUCAUGUUGCAGCGUCUUCACACAAGUCUUGUGAGGAAAAGAGAGAAUUAACGGGAAAUGUCAAGAUGAACUUCCUGCCCAGUGGCAUGUCGUGCAAAGACUCAACUCGUCUACUCUUGUUCCAUUCAGGCCAGUUCUCAACCUCCAUCGAUAUGGGUGACCUGAAUAAAUAAAUAACUAAAAAAUAAGUGAUGGGGGGAUUUCAGCCUACAGAUCAGAAAGCACACAGGGGAAAAAAAAAAUUGGAUUAUUGCCCAUUGUCACAAAUCCUUAGUAAACCAAUACUCUAAUGUUGUUAAAGGUGCAGUUUUGGUUUCUUUCUUUAGUACAGCUUGCAGGAAUUUAUCUAAAGACUCCGAAAAAUUGUACAGUUCAAUAUCGGUCUGCUUCCUAUCUUCUGUUCUUUGUUUUUUUUUUUAUUAUUUCUCCUCAUGCUAGACCUCGUCACAGACUGGUCAAAUGUUAAGCCGUGGUGGUCUUUCUAGGUAUCUGUAGUGUUAACAAAUUCCCUCUCUGGUGUCUUGUUACCUUUUUUCUUUUCUUUUUCAGGAAUAGGUCCAUGGUUGAGUUUGAAAGGAACUUUUAUUGCAUUGCACAGUGUUGAUCAUGUUUUAAUUAUUGACUGCCCUUCAAUUUUUAUAUGACGGUCUGUAUUGGACUUGCUAACCUACGGCUAUAAGCAGGUAGCAUAAUUAACCUAACUGGUGGUCUCUUACAGCUCGGUGAAUUCUUAUGUAAAACAGCAUUACUAGUGAUGGGCUGAUGAGUUUUGAGUGUCUGAAUACAACUUAAUAAAUCCAAUAAAGACG